AGUGUGGAGGACGUGAGGAAGGAGCGAUCGGAUGACGCUUGCUGCACGCACUGUCCAGAGGCAAACAGUCCCAACAGCAUCUCGGGCUUUCUUCACGCAUCAUCAACGUCACCCAACAUCACUUUGACAUCGCAGGUCCCGCGGAAGCCAUUCCGAACAUCUUCUCAGGACCUCUCGACGCAGCCUGGAACUCCCAUGGUGAUGCUGCCAUCCCCGUGUCAGCCGCGAUAUCCUGACGAGGAUGAACUUGCGAUCCUCAACCACGCAGAGACCUGUCAAGAACACAUCCAUCUUCGGCACCGCCGAUUGACGACUCUCCAACGGCUAUCUCAUUGUCAAUCACAACCACUCGAGAGGUGCUGGCCCGCGGACAAGGCUCCAAGGAAGCCAGCAGCUUCAGCCAAUGUGUCAACUCAAUCUCGGCGAGACGUCGGGCGAGGACCUCGCGAUGUGUCGCAGCGUGGUCUAUCAAGACGACAUUCGAUGCCAAAGCAUGCCGCCUUGCCGCCUUGUCGCGAUACCUGUUCACGGACCGCAGAUCGCCGUCUGCGGCAGACCCUCCGAAUCCUGCGACUGUCAGCUGACCGGCUCCCGUUCCACCACAUCAGAACACCUCAAUCAGAUGCGCUGCGCAGCAUUGUGUGUCCGACGCAGAGCACUGCCAUGCUACUCGCCACCAACAAUUCCCGGUCUCAUGGCAAACCCAUUGACUUAAGUAGAAGACAUGAGCCCCUCGACAGUCGAUGCCAGGGGUCGACCAACAGGCAGCCGGUUAGGAGAUUUUGUGCGGCUAAAAUGACAGGAGGAUGAAUUUCGCCUUACCCGCCACCCCGUUCAACCUAAUUUUUGGGACAAGAGACCGGUUUGCCGGGGCGCAAUCGUGCAAUCGUGCGGGUAGCUCGACGCUUGACAUGGCGUCUUCCCUCUCCCGCUCUCCACUGCCAGGGCGAUCAACCAGCCUGCGCUUCCUUCGAGGUGUCCAGCCCCUGCGCCUACAUCGUCCCAUCGCCAACCCGUUGCGAGACUUGUUCCAGAAUGCCGCCACCUGAGUGGACGGGUGCCAUGGGUGCGUCCCGCCAAGUGGCUUGCGGCUGGAGUCUUGGGUCUACUUUCCCAAGAGCACUUCGCGCUGGUGCCCGAAAUAAGCGCCAAAAGUCAGCCCUGCUGCACCGCGCCAAAC